AUGUCUCUCCAAAACUAUGUCAACAAGAAGGUCCUGGUAUUGACCAGCGAUUCAAGAACGCUGGUGGGAAUGCUGCUUUCAUGCGACCAGAUGACAAAUUUGGUGCUGUCACAAACUACAGAACGCAUUAUACGACCACCAGAUGAUCCAGAACCGUCGAGUGAGGUUCCCCAUGGGCUGUAUUUGAUUAGAGGGGACAAUGUGGUUGUCGUUGGCCUAGUGGAUGAGGAAUUAGAUGACAGUAUCAACUGGCUGGCAGUUAGAGGAGCUGUUGUUGGGGGAGUCAAGCAUUCAUGAUGAGCAAUACAGAGUGAUGUUGUGGAAAUGGAGGGAAGAAUACCAACAAGCAAUGUUGCAUAUCUGGCGUUGGGAAGAAAUCACAGAUCAGCGCAAGGCCCAAAUCUUGUAAUUGGUCGAAUAUUUGCUCGGGCAGCUUGGGAAAGCUUGUUAUAGUCAGUAUCGCGUGUAGAAAUGCGAAGCCCUUAGUGAUUUUGAAAAUAAGAGUCUUGGACUACAAGACCUCUAGAGUUCCCAACUUUGAUUCUGCAUGCUUCGUCUUUCUGUGAAGCAAGGGC